ACAGUUACCUGUUACUUGAGCCAGACAACCACCUCUACUUUUAAAGAUGGGUAUCCCAGCGCCAUUCGCGUGGAAUGAGAGCUUCGCCACCAGCUAUAAGAACAUCGACUUGGAGCACAGAACCCUCUUCAACGGACUGUUUGCCCUCUCCGAGUUCAACACUCGCGACCAGCUGGCAGCUUGCAAGGAGUGCUUUGUGAUGCAUUUCCGUGACGAGCAGACCCAAAUGGAGAAUGCCAACUUUGAACUUUUCGAAGAGCACAGGGGCAUUCAUGAAAGCUUUUUGGAGAAGAUGGGCCAAUGGAAAGCGCCUGUUGCCCAGAAAGACAUCAAAUUUGGAAUGGAGUGGCUUGUCGACCACAUCCCCAAGGAGGAUUUCAAGUACAAGGGCAAAUUAUAA